CAAGUGUCUGCCGGUGAGAGAGGCGGGAGGUUGCGGCUGCACAAGGAAACAGGAAUAGAAGUGAAAGAGACGAGCUCUGUGGCCCCCGCAGAAGUGAAAGUGAUAGUGCUGCGUCAUGCACCCAGGCACAGACCCACGGCACUAACAGCAGCCCCACAGGCCGACAUCUGAAACUGGGACGCGCAGCCAAUAAGAAUGAAGCUGAGGGUGAGAGUGAGGAAGCAGACCAAUCGCUUAGAGCUGGAGGCGGAGAGUCCGACCCUGGGAGACUUGCGCAGUAAAUUAUCCUCCGUCACCCUGCCGGCUCUGGGCUACAGCACUGAGGCAAAUUUCACCAUCACACUGAAUGGCAAAGAUGCCCUGACUGGGGAUCAGAACACUCUGGAGUCUGCGGGGAUCAUCUCCGGGGAUCUGAUUGUUGUGGUACUGCCGGACUCUCAGCUGCCCCCGCCGCAGCCAGCUCCUGCUCCGGCCCCCGAUAAGCGGGAUCUUGGCUGCCCCCUGGUGGAUCCCAGCCAACCCUGCAGCUCGACUAACAAGAGGCCCAAGAGCCAGUCAGAUGAUAGCACAGGAGCCCAAGCCAUGGCUCAGGCUGCCCAGCAAGCCCCUCCCUCAGCGGAGGACGUGGCCAUGGAGGAUGGGAUGUCGGGCCCGGCCUGGGAGGUGAUGCUCUGCAGCGAGGCACUAGAUGGGAAAAUCCCCCACUCCCUGGAGGUUCUGUACCAAACUGCCGGCUGCACCGGCGCCAGCGACGCGUUCAUAGUCGCCAUCCACCUACUGAUGCUGGAGACUGGCUACUUACAGAAGGGUGCUGAAAGCAAGGUGCUGUGUAUGCCGCAGGAUUGGCGCAGCGGGGGGGCCUACAGGCUGCACUACACUCACCCUCUGUGCGCUGAAGUCUCGGCCACCUUGGCUUGUUUGCCGAUGGGCAAGCUGGUCAUAAUCAAUGCCACCCUGAAGAUUAACAGCGAGAUGAAAAGUGUGCGGAAACUUCAGCUGUCGACCAAUUCCUACAUUUCCUACCCCGAGACAGAUAACAACAUUGCCUCUGUGUAUAAGGAUCUGCAGAAGUUAUCGGGGCAGUUUAAAGACCAGGUGGCCUACCCUCUGCUUGCUGCUGCCCGGCAAGUGCUGAACCUCCCGGAUGUGUUCGGGCUACUCGUUCUCCCCCCGGAGCUCAAGCUCAGGAUUUUCCGCCUGUUGGACAUUCGCUCCCUUCUCAGCCUCUCGGCCACCUGUAAGGAGUUCUUGGCCGACACCAACGACCCCUCCCUGUGGCGGUUCCUGUGCGUCCGAGACUUCCGGAAUAACCUUCCAAGGAGUUUGGACAUGGAUUGGAAAAAGCUCUACAGGGAGAAGUACAAGCAGAAGAUGGAGCGCAGCCGCUUUGUACGCCGGCACUUCCUGCCCCCCAGGAUCACCCACCCUUACCCUUAUUACCCCAACAUCUUCCCCCCUGACUUAAAUUACCCUCCGGGUAUCAUCGGGGGUGAAUACGACCAAAGGCCCUUCCCCCCUAUCCUGGACCCCAGUUUCAUCCCCCGAGUCGGGCCGACUUCCUCGCACUUCAGUCCCUUAUCCAACCCCUUUAAAGUCACAGUCCCCUUUUCUGAGAGCGACCCAUCGAUCCCGGGGCCCAGCAGUCUCCGCCCCAGCAGAGGAAGGGGCCCCGACAUCCGGAGGGGCUUCAUAUGAACUCCCGGGGGGGUCGGAGACAUUCGGAGGUCGGACUGUUGCACUGGAUGUUUCCCCUUAAGUUGUGAAUAAGCCCCUGGCGCUGGACUUCCUGCUUUGUUAUUAUCUGGGGUACAUGGGGCAAAUGGGGGCAGUUACCCCCCCACUGGGGUGUUUCUAUUACUAAUAGAACUGUUUGUUAAGAAUAAUUAAGAGCGGGGGCUUGGGGAAACUUUUUUUUUUUUUUUUUAUUAUUUAUGACAUCAAUAAAUAAAUACAAAUACAGAGAA